CCUUCUGCUGGUAGUAACCCUUCGGAGGAAUUUGGGUUGGUUGGAAGCUGUCUGUUCUACGGGUUAGACCCUUAUCAGGAGAUGAUUCAUUCGAUCUCUAGUAGAGAAGUGAUUGUCCGCUCAACAAGGGGAUUGACUGAACCUGGGACUUUGUUCAAAAACUUGAUGGCCAUCCUCCGUGAUGUGCUAAUUUGCUAUGAUGGGACUGUUCGGAAUGUCUCCAGCAAUUCCAUUAUUCAAUUUGAGUAUGGGGCUAGUGGUGGGUCAAAUUUCCCAAGUGAAUUUGGUGCUGGUGAUCCUGUUGGAGUGUUGGCUGCAACUGCUAUGUCCAAUCCUGCAUACAAAGCAGUUCUUGAUUCCUCUCCGAGCAGCAAUUCCUCCUGGGAGAUGAUGAAGGAGAUACUGCUUUGUGGAGUGAGCUUCAAGAAUGAUGUUUCUGACCGUCGGGUAAUCCUUUAUCUGAAUGAUUGUGGGUGCCGUAGAGGGUGCUGCAGAGAAAAAGCAGCGUACCUCGUCAAGAAUCAUUUGAGUAAAGUAUGUCUUAAGGAUGCUGCUGAUGAGUUCUUGAUAGAAUAUGGAGGGCAACAAGCAGGAUAUGAGAAUUCUGAAACAGGGACUGGCCUCAUUGGUCAUAUUACUCUCAACCAGGGACAGCUGGAAAAUCUGGGAAUCAGUGUUCUUGAGGUUCUUGAAAGAUGCCAAGAAAAUAUCAGUUCAUUCCAGAGGAGAAAAAAGAUUGGCAAUCUUUUCAAGAGAAUAGUUUUGUCAGUGAGUGAAUUUUGUUCGUUUUGCUACAAUUCUGGAAGCAAGUGUUUGAACACACCAUGCUUGAGGUUCUCUUGGCCAGAUGCGAGUGACGAUCACUUAGAGAGGGUUUCUCACAUUCUUGCUGAUAUGAUAUGCCCAAUUCUGUUGGAUACAGUUAUCAAAGGUGAUCCAAGGGUUUCAAGUGCAAAUAUAGUUUGGAUUUCUCCUGACACAAUGACUUGGAUUAGGAACCCGUCCAAGAGUCAAAGUGGUGAAUUAGCUCUGGAUAUUGUUCUCGAAAAAGAAGCUGUUAAGCAAAGAGGAGAUGCUUGGAGGAUUCUCAUGGAUUCCUGUCUUCCUUUCAUCCAUUUGAUAGACACUAGGCGCUCCAUCCCAUAUGCAAUAAAGCAAGUCCAAGAACUGAUUGGAAUUUCUUGUGCCUUUGAGCAAGCUGUUAAGCGCCUAUCAACGUCAGUUACAAUGGUCACAAAGGGUGUUCUCAAAGACCACCUAGUUCUAUUGGCUAAUAGCAUGACUUGCGCAGGAAAUCUGAUUGGUUUUAAUGCUGGUGGAAUAAAAGCAUUGUCUCGAGCAUUAAACGUGCAGAUACCAUUUACGGAAGCAACGUUAUUUACCCCAAGAAAAUGCUUUGAGAGGGCUGCUGAAAAGUGCCAUGUUGAUUCUUUGUCAAGCAUUGUGGCUUCUUGCUCCUGGGGAAAACAUGUGGCAGUUGGUACAGGAUCUCCAUUUGAAGUUCUCUGGAACACAAAAAAUGUUGAAUUGAAUAUACCGGAUGCACAUGAUGUUUAUAGCUUCCUGCACUUGGUGAGGAGCAGCUCUGCUCAAGAAGUAGAAGGUACCAGUUGUCUUGGUGCGGAAGUUGAAGAACUGGAGGUGGAAGACGAAGAUAUGGGAUUAUACUUGUCUCCCGAUCGGGACUCUGGUUCAGAUAAGCCCACUUUUGAAGAUAGAGCUGAAUUUGAUAAUGGUAUAGAAAAUGAAAACUUAGAUGAAGGAAAGCUAAGUGGCUCUGCAUGGGAGAAGGCAUCAUCUGAGAAUGUCAAAUCUGGUGGUAGCUGGGAUAUGGCUAAAACCCAAAAUGGUGCUGAAAAGGCUGUCAAUCAGUCAGAUUCCUGGUCUUCUUGGGGCAGAAAGGUUGAUGAAGCUGAGAAUAAUCCUCGUCAAUCUGGGAACGGAGAGCAGCUAGAAUCAUGGUCUGCCUGGGGAGGAAAGGCUAAGGAAGUGGACAGUAAUCCUCAGCAAUCCGGGAAUACAGCGCAGUCAGGGUCAUGGUCAGCAUGGGGGAAAAAGGUUGAUGAAGCUGGGAAUAGCCCUCGCCAGUCCGGGAAUGAGGAGCAGUCAGGAUCUUUGUCUUCCUGGGGGAAAAAAGUGGAAAAAGAUGGUGGUUCGUGGGGUAAAAGGGUUGAGGAAACGGAAAAUCAUAAUCACCAAUCUGGGAAAGAUGAGAAGUCAGGAUCUUUGUCCUCAUGGGGGAAAAAGGUGGAGAAAGAUGGCGAUUCUUCUUGGGGGAAGGUGGAAAUUGAUGGUGGUUCGUCUUGGGGGAAAAAGGUGGAAAUUGAUGGGGGUUCUUCUUGGGGGAAAAAGGUUGAGGAAGCAGAAAAUCAUAGCCACCAGUCUGGGAAGGAAGAGAAGUCAGAAUCUUUGUCCUCAUGGGGGAAAAAGGUGGAAAAAGAUGGUGUUUCUUCUUGGGGGAAAAAGGUGGAAAAAGAUGGUGGUUCCUGGGGUAAAAAGGUUGAGCAAGCGGAAAUUCAUAGUCAACAAUCUGGGAAGGAAGAGAAGUCAGAAUCUUUGUCCUCAUGGGGGAAACAGGUUGAAAAAGAUGGUGGUUCUUCUUGGGGGAAACAGGUUGAAAAAGGUGGUUCUUGGGGAAAAAAGGUGGAAAAAGAUGGUGGUUCUUCUUGGGGAGAAAAGGUUGAAGCUGAGAAUACCCCACGACCAUCUGGGAAAGGAGAACAGUCAGGAUCUUGGUCCUCAUGGGGGAAACAGGUGAAAGAAGAUGGUGGGGCUUCUUGGGGGGAAAAGGUGGAGAAAGAUGGUGGGUCUUCUUGGGGGAAAAAGGUUGAUGAACCCGAGGAUAAGCCUCACCAGUCUGGGAAUGGAGAGCAGCCAGGAUCUUGGUCCUCAUGGGGUAAAAAGGUGGAAAAAGAUGGUGGUUCUUGGGACGGGCCUAAACAGUCAAAUUCUGAGUCGUCUUGGGGAAAAACUACUAAAGGUGGUGGAUUUGGUUCAGCGGCUGCUGAAGGCAAUAGAAGCGUUGACCAGUUAGUUAAUGGAUGGAGCUCUAAUAUAAGCGGAGACGAACAGUUAAAUGAACCAACUCGUGAUGACGCUACAAAAGUUGGUGGUUGGAAUUCUUCAACAGUUGGUGGUUGGAAUUCUCAGAAGGUUGGUGUUGAAGAGAGUGAUAAGCAACCUCAGUGGGGUCAGCGCAGACGUAAUACAAGAGGAGAUUUUAGGGAUAAUUCACGAGGUUGGGGCUCUUCUAGUGGUGGAGAGUGGAAGGGCAACCGGCCUGCAAGAUCAGCUGAUGACUCCAAUAGAGGUGGGAAUUUUACAGCAACAAGGCAAAGGAUGGAUAUAUUCACAGCAGAGGAACAAGACAUACUUUCAAAUGUUGAUCCUAUUAUGCUGAAUAUCAGAAGAAUAAUGCAUCAGACAGGGUACAAUGAUGGUGACCCAUUAUCUGCUGAUGACCAGUCAUAUAUCAUUGACACUGUUCUCAAUUACCAUCCGGAUAAAGCUGUCAAGAUGGGAGCUGGUCUUGAUUAUAUCACGGUUAGCAAACAUACCGAGUUCCAGGACAGUAGAUGCUUCUACGUUGUUUCUACUGAUGGUGCUAAGCAAGAUUUCUCCACCCGGAAAUGUCUGGAGAACUUCAUCAGGUCAAAGUAUCCUGAUAAGGCUGAGACUUUCAAUGGCAAGUAUUUCAAAAAGCCUCAACCUCGCAGCACUAGAAAUGCAUCUCCAUCUCCAUCUCCAUCAGUUGGUUGACCUUCUCUUGAGUUCAGAUAGUUGUACAGUUAACUUAGUUGCUUUGUGUAAUUGAUGGUAAGACAAUGAGCUAAAGGACACGUGUAUGUUGGCAAAGUUGGCAGUUAGAAAUCUCUCGUGUAUAUAGUUUAGUCCCUAACUUAUAGAAUUUUCAGUAAAGUCCUUUUCAAGGCUGUUUGGUAGCCAAGAGCUGUUAGCCUAUUCACCUUUGUAAACCACCAGCACACUAGCGUUGAUGAAUGAUUGAAAGCUUUAGCUUUUUCUGUUUAUUUCGUUAUUCCA